AUGGAUACACUACUAAGACAUGGGAGGAAGACAGAGAUUGAACACGAAAUCGUUCAUGAAUUAUCUCAAAUGUUGGAUCAGCAUAAUAAUUUGGUCAAAUCCUUUAGAACGGCAAGGGAUAGAUUCAAAGCACAACCAGAAUCUACGUUUCGUUUACGCCUCCUAAGUAGCAGGACAACAGAUGGUCGUCAAUACAAUAUGCCAACAUCAUCUGAAGUAGCAGGCUUAAUAGUUGGUGAUUUUAGUGAAGCGAACUUCGAACGUGACGUUAUUGUGGAGCACCGAACUAAAGGAAUUCAAAGAAUCACAGAUCUGCAUCCAAGUUUCAUGUCUAUGACGUACCCAUUAAUACACCCUUAUGGUGAAGAUGGAUAUAGACUUGGCAUACCUUUGAGAGACGUAAUUGAAAGCUCUUUUAAAAGGCAAAAGUUGACAAUGAGGCAACAUUAUUGCUUUAGGUUGCAGCAAAGAUUAAAUGAGGGUCAUACUCUUCUUCGAUCUGGUAGACUACUGCAACAAUAUAUAGUUGAUUCUUACAUGGCAAUUGAAGAAGAAAGAUUUCGUUGGAUACGAAAUAACCAAAAAAAACUCAGAUCAGACCUUUUUUCUGGUUUAAUGGACGCUAUUCAUCGUGGUGAUUCAGAUUGCUCAAAAGUGGGGAAAUCAAUUAUUUUGCCUUCGUCACACACUGGGGGACCACGAUAUAGAGUACAAAAUUAUCAAGAUGCUAUGGCAAUUUGUAAAUGGGCAGGAUAUCCUGAUUUAUUUCUUACUUUCACUUGCAACCCAAAGUGGCCAGAAAUAAAUGAUAUGAUCCAUUUAAUAGGCCAAAAAGAUGAUAACAAUAGGGUCGAUAUCAUAUGCAGAGUAUUUGAGAUAAAGCUAUUCCAACUAAUGCACGAUCUGAAAAAAGAACAACCGUUUGGAAAGAUAAUUGCAUGUAUAUACACAAUUGAGUUCCAAAAAAGAGGACUGCCUCAUGCACACAUACUACUUUUCUUGCAUUCGACAUUGAAAAAUCCUUCAGCAGACCAUAUUGAUAAUAUAAUAAGCGCGGAAAUCCCGGACUCAAAUGUUGAUCCUGAUGGUUAUAAUGCCGUCAAUAAAUUUAUGAUUCAUGGACCUUGUGGAAAACUUAAUUCAAACUCUCCAUGUAUGAUGCAAGAUAGGUGCACAAAACAUUUUCCAAAAAAAUUCAAUGAUCAAACCACCAUCGACACUGAUGGCUUUCCAGUCUACAAAAGGAGAAAUACAGGUAUUCAUGUCGAAAAGAAAGGUGUCCUUUUAGAUAAUCGAUAUGUAGUCCCUUAUCACAGUAAUUUGGUUGUCAAAUUUGAUGCACAUAUUAAUGUCGAGGUUUGCAAUUACUCUAGAUCAGCCAAAUACCUUUUCAAAUAUGUUCAUAAAGGGUCUGACAGAACUACUGCAACAAUGGAAUCUAUUGACACUGCCAAAGAAAUAGAUGAGAUAAAAACAUAUUUGGAUUGCAGAUAUAUCUCGGCAACUGAAGCUUGCUGGAGAAUAUUCCAAUUUGACAUACAUUACAGACAGCCAGCAGUUGAAAGAUUACCAUUCCAUUUACCUGGAGAGCACACAGUAAUAUUCGAAGAAAACAAAUGUGUUGAAAAUGUUGUUUGCAUGCCUGGAAUAGAAAAAACAAAGUUCACUCAAUGGUUGGAGGCAAACAAGAAUUAUGAUGAUGCACGAGAGCUAACUUAUUCGGAUUUCCCUAUAAGUUGGGUUUGGAAUUCAAAGGAGAAAACAUGGACUAGGAGAAAAAAUGGAUUGGCAAUUGGAAGAAUUUACUUCGCGCAUCCUUCGACUGGAGAACGCUUCUAUUUGAGAAUGUUGUUAAAUUUUGUCAAAGGGAGCACUUCUUAUGAAAGUAUUAGAACAAUAAAUGGGGUGACAUAUCCUAAUUUUAAAGGCGCAUGCUAUGCUUUGGGAUUGUUAGACGAUGAUAAAGAGUGGAUAGAUUGCUUGACUGAAGCUGCAAUAUGGGCAACUGAAAAAGAAUUAAGACAUCUUUUCGUCACAAUACUCAUUCACUGUCAGGUUUCUGAUGCAUCACAACUUUGGAAAUCUAAUUAUAUUGCAUUGUCAGAAGACAUAACUUCAUUGCAAAGGAAGAGAUUUAGAAUGAAUGAUCUUAAGUUAACUGAACAACAAGUUGAAACAUACACAUUGUUCGAGAUUGAAAGUAUCAUGCUGAAGAUGGGAAAAAGUUUGAAAGAUAUAGAUGGAAUGCCCCUGUCUAAUUCAUCUUUGAUAAGAGACUCGGGUAAUAGAUUGGUUAAUGAAGAGCUUGAUUAUGACCGAGAUCAAUUAAAGAUAUUGCAUGAGAAAUCAUUUGCUGCUCUAAAUCCUUGCCAAAAAUCAGCUUAUAAAGCAAUAGUACAUUCAGUAGAGAAUGAACAAGGCAAUUUAUUUUUUAUCAAUGGACAUGGUGGUACUGGUAAAACAUUUUUAUGGAAUACAAUAACUGCAAAGCUAAGAUCACAAUCAAAAAUAGUCUUGCCUGUAGCAACUUCAGGCAUAGCUGCUUUGUUAUUGCCUAAUGGUAGGACAGCUCAUUCACGAUUUCAUAUUCCCUUGAAUGUUACAUCAGAGUCGACUUGUGAAAUUCGACAAGGCACCCUACUAGCUGGACUUCUUAUGAAAACUUCUUUGAUCAUUUGGGAUGAAGCACCUAUGGCAAAUAAGUUCUGCUUUGAAGCUUUGGAUAAGACCUUAAGAGAUAUUCUAAGAACAAGGUUUGAAAAUAGCUCUAACAAACCUUUUGGAGGACUUACAAUAGUGUGUGGUGGUGAUUUCCGACAAAUAUUACCAGUUGUCCCAAAAGGUACAAGAGCUGAUAUUGUUGAUGCUUCUCUCAACUCGUCAUAUUUGUGGCCAUUUUUCAAAAUAUAUGAGCUCCACCAAAAUAUGAGGCUAUAUAAUGGAAGCUUGACUGGUUUUGAGGCUGCUAAAAUAGCUUCUUUUGACAAAUGGAUGUUGCAGAUUGGAGAUAGUUCAUUAUAUGAUGACAUUGAUAGACAAUUAAUUAAGCUUCCUUCUGAUAUCGCCAUAAAUCCAUCUCAAGAUCCAAUGAAAUCCAUAAUUAAAGUUAUCUACCCAUCACUUUUACAAAAGUACAACGAUCCUACAUAUUUGACAGAAAGAGCAAUAUUAACACCAAAAAAUGAAAUGGUCUAUGAACUAAAUGAGAUGAUUAUGAAUAUUAUACCAGGUGAAGGGAGAACAUAUUUUAGCUCAGACAGUAUAUGCAAAGCAAGUGUAAAGACAAAUGAUGAAGAUCUUUUGUAUCCAGCUGAAUUUUUGCAUGGUUUGAAAUUUAAUGGCAUCCCUAAUCAUGAGAUGCGACUUAAGGAAGGCGCUCCUGUAAUGCUCCUUAGAAAUCUAAAUCAAACAGAAGGCCUAUGCAAUGGCACAAGAUUGAUUAUCAGGCAUCUUGGUAAAUGGUCCAUUAGAGGCGACAUCAUUUCUGGAACAAAUAUUGGUGAAAAUGUCACAAUUCCAAGAAUUAUCAUGUCUCCCAAUGAAUCAAGAUGGCCAUUCAAGCUUAAUAGACGACAACUUCCCUUGGCACCAUGUUUUGCCAUGACAAUCAACAAAAGCCAAGGACAAUCUCUUAAACAUGUUGGCUUGUACCUCCCUAAGCAAGUAUUCACCCACGGUCAAUUAUAUGUUGCUGUGUCCCGAGUUACCACCAGAGAAAGAUUGAUCAUACUAAAUGCUGAUGAUGAGGUGGGAGACCCAACCUUAAUAAAAAAUAUUGUUUACAAAGAAGUAUUUCAAAAUACCCACUCAUAA